AUGGAUCGAGAUUCUGGAGUAGCAUCAGCUUCUACUGCUCAGAAGGCACCUGAUGCCUCAAACCAACAAGAUGAUGGCAAAGACGACCCGGAUCGCAAGAGGAAUAACAUCCGCAAGAGGACAAAAACUGGUUGUUUAAGUGAGUCUGCAAACCCGCCAUUCCUGCAAAUUUGCUUCAAGAGCUACAUUACUGACUUAUACUCUCGCAAAGCUUGUCGCAAAAGGCGCAUCAAAUGCGACGAGGGCAGGCCGACGUGCAAUAACUGCAUCAAAUCCAAACGCCAAUGCGAGGGCUACAGCCAGCGGGUCAUCUUCAAGGACCCAAUGGGUGCGAUACAAGGUGGUCCUUUUGGUCCUGCUUUGUAUCCCCCAGGGUCUUCGCAUCUCGUCAGUCACUUACAGGCAAAGACCUCGUCUCAAGGUCCGUUGCCCAUGAUAGCCCCCAAGCCGCCCUCCUUCAGCUAUCAUGGGCAUCAACAUGUGCCCUAUGGGCACUACGCCCAUGGACAAGGCCCGAUGCCCCCUGGCGCAUACGAUUUCAAUGCUCCUGCUGUUCCGCAUUCAUACCACCAACCUAAUGGCAUGAUGCCACCCGAACCUCGUACAGGAUACGCCGGGAUUCCACAAGAGCAUCGCCCGCACCAUUUCGGCCCUCCGACUAACGGACAGAGCAGUGAACCCUAUGCGGGUGAACCAUAUGCUAGUGGCAGCCAAGCGAAUCCUGUUCAUAUUAAGAAAGAGCCACCCGAACCGGUGAGGUCAGUACCGGAAUCCGCCCUUGAUUACGACUUGCCGGAAGACGAUGCCUCGAUGGGGGAAUCAGACGAUGAAACUCGAGAUCCCCGAGAGGUUCUUGGACCGGUGAUGAAGCACUUCAAUGGUACAUGGGACUCGAAUGGGACUCGAGUUCGAGCUUUUUCCACGUUUGCCCAGUGCAACAUACUCUCUGACUAUACCGCAACAGCCCGGAUAUCUGAACUCAAGGAUCCUAGGAUGCUGGCUAUAUUCAUGCACUUCAUUCAGGUGACAGGUCCGAGCAUGUCAUUAUAUGAGAGGCAUCCAUUCGACCAUACUGGCGAGAACUCGUUCGACGCUACUCCCAAAGGAGCCAAUAAUCUUUGGAGCUACACCUUUCCUGUCAUAUCCUUGAACCAUCCCGCGCUACUUCAUGCCAUGCUUGCUCUGGCGGCCCUGCAGAUAGCAAAACUGCAAAAAAUGCCAGCCACGGCGGCUAUGAAGCACUAUCAUCUGGCAAUACGUAGGAUUGCUCGAAACGUCAACACACCCCUCAGGCGCACACAACCCGCAACCGUCGCAGCAACACUCUUGCUGGCAUACUUCGAAGUUUGGUCAUCGGAUCAUACCAAAUGGUGCAACCAUCUGUUUGGUGCCAGAAUUCUGUUUCGUGAGAUACCUUUAAGGGAGAUGUCGCGGAGAUAUCUGCCGGUGAAGCGACUGAAACAGGCAGAAAGGGAUGCCCGGAAUCAGAACCAAAUGGGCAGCUUCUUUCCUGGUUUCCUGGUAACAUCACAGAGUGAACUCAACGACCUUGACUACAACCUCCUUCACACACUCUCAGGUCAUGGAACCACGCCAGAUGACUACGGACUGGGCAAGGAGCAACCGGCUGACUCGCCCAACAUCACUGUGACUGACAGGGAUAUUGAGCAAUACGAAAACGUGCGGGACUUGUACUGGUGGUACUGCAAGAUGGAUGUGUAUCAAAGUAUGCUUGGAGGCACCAAGUUAUUCAUGGAAUACGAGUUUUGGUCUCAAUGUCCGCCCAGAGCGCCCAUCUCUAAACUGGAAGCUAUAUAUGGAACAUAUGAUCAUCUCAUACUCUUGCUUGGGCGCCUCGCGGAAUUUUCCUCCAAAGAUGUCUCACGAAAAAGAAGAGUAAGCCGUGCAAAAGGCCCUCCACCUGGAGCUGGCAAUGGUUCGCCGCCUGCAUUCCCUGGCAUUGUACCCACGACUGGGGAUUUCAAGGUCCCAAGAGGCUUCACGCCCCCGGCUGGGUCAUCGCCACAGAGCGACUCAACUGAUGAACAUGACCCUGAAGCCAGCUUCCAAGCUGCCCUCCAGGAGUGGGAGGCCAUCAAACAUGCAUUCGAGGUUUUUGAGAACAGCCUGGGUCCUGAGUUCCAGCCUCUUAGACCGGAAUACUCGGAUAAACGGGACUCACCGUUUGGAAUGACGAUGCAAUACCGGACAUUUUCGGUGGCCGGGAUCUGGAUGAACUACUAUAUGGGCAUGAUCCACCUCUUCCGGACUCACCCUUCGAUGCCGCCGGCCGCGAUGCAGGCGGCUGGAAUGUCGGCGCGGCAGACGGCGCAAUAUUCGAACAAGCUGGGUCGGGUGGCAGCUGGUCUAUCAGACGACUGUUCGCAGAUGACAGAGAUAACCUGUUUGGUCAGCGCAGCAUUUAUUGAGAGCUGUUUCUGCUUGUUUGUAGCAGCUAUUGAGUACCAGGAUGAUGGGCAGCGGCGCUGGGUCGUUCGUCGACUGCGUGAUAUCGCCCGACUGACGGGUUGGCAAUCUGCAAGACGGAUUGCGGAUGGAUGUGAAUCAUCUUGGAUCAAAGCUGCGCAGCUCGGCCGCGGCGCGCCAUAUGCUCGCACGACCGAAGCUGGUGUUGUGCCCAUUUCGGUGUGGCAGAAUCCACGACGUAUUGACCGAGUCAUUCAAGAACUCGAGCCAAACGAAGACCAGCGGAUCGUUGUGGCCAAGUCAGAACGAGCAUCGUAUGCUCUCGGUUUGUUGAGCGUCGAACGAGAUCUGGAGCUCCUAGAACUCAAAGAUGAUGGAUAA